ACACGCAUUAGUUCAAUAAUUUUAUCAUCUGGACGGCGUUGGAAUAUUACCGAAGCAUGUCGUCUGCAGAGAAACGUAAAAUCUCAAGUUCAACUGAUCAAGAUUCAGCGAGAAAGCAAAUACGCAUAAUGAAAGAGAAGCAAACGUCUGACAGUGAAAAAGAAGUUAAGGAUAUCAGUACUGAGAUUGUCCCAGAAAAGGAAAAGACAGUAUCUUCACCAUUCAUCUCAUCUUCGUACAUCAAGAGCUGUUCUAAAACACAAAUAAAGUCAACUAUACUUGACCACACCUGGAGAAUUGAUCAAUUUAUACGUCUUUCUAGGAUGAUGAAUACAAUAAGGUCUUCAUCGUUUCCAGAAACAGAUUUUCACUGCCGUCAAUACAUUUUGGAAUACACUCGACAAAAGAAUAAGGUUUCUAAACGCUAUGUGGCAAAAGGAAGCAUCAGUGGUCCAAAGAUGACAGAUUUGAAUCGUGGCGUCCGCGGCUCAACCGUAAGACAGACGGAGGCAGCAAAUAUCCCAAGAAAGAGCCAUACGUAAACAUACAUGUAUCACACAAACUUAAGAUGUACAGUUUAACUUUAAGUGAUCAAGAUUCACCGGAAAAGGAAAUAUGUGAAAUGGAAGAGGAGGAAGAGGAUUUGAUCGCAUUUCCUUGGGGCCAACGCACUCACGGAUCGACCCGAGUUCAACACACCGCGGACACUCAAAUAAAGAUGGUGAAAUCUAAAGAAGGAGCUGACAAGAAGAUUAUCCUGAAAAAGGAGCAGACAGUUUCUUCACCAUUUUUACCUUCGUAUACCAAGAGCUAUUCUCAAACACGAUUUGAAGUGACUACGUCUGACUAUACAUGGGAAAUUGAUCAAUUUGGAC